AAAGAAAACAACAAGAACAGCAACACAUACAAGCCCUGUUCAGUUGUUCAGUUUUCCAAAGCUCACCUUUCUCUCUUCGAUUUCCCCGGCUGAUUGUUUGGAAUCUUAAACAUCCAACGUACUUAAGAUGGAAGUCGGAAAGAGAUCGGCGAUGGAGCACAACACCAAGUCAGGCAAGCCUUUGAAAAUGAAGGUCAAGUUUGCCGACCAUGAAAAGGAUGGCGUCAAGGCCUCAGACGCCUUGCCUUUUCCUCUGUACCUGACAAAUGCGGUCUUCUUCGCUCUCUUUUUCUCCGUCGUAUACUUCUUGCUUACAAGCUGGCGUGAGAAGAUCCGUACCAACACUCCUCUACAUGUCAUCGAUCUCUCCGAGAUCGUUGCCAUCAUUGCGUUUGUAGCAUCCUUCAUCUACCUCCUUGGCUUCUUCGGCAUGGAUUUCGUUCAGUCUCUCAUUCUCCAGCCUAGUAAUGACAUUUGGGCUGCCGACGAUGAUGAAGAGAUUAUUUUUAAGGAGGACGCUCGCAAAGUUCCUUGUGGCCAGGCACUUGAUUGUUCAAUUCCCAAAAUGGCCCCGAUUGCAUCACCAAAAGCUGCUCCUAAAGUUGAACCAAAAGUGUUUGAAGAAAAGGCAAUGAUCGAGACUACAACACCAACCGAAGAAGAUGAAGAGAUUAUCAAGGCUGUUGUGGCUGGAACCAUUCCUUCAUACUCACUCGAGACAAAGCUCGGGGAUUGCAAGAGAGCAGCUUCUAUUAGGCGUGAGGCUUUGCAGAGAGUUACAGGCAAGUCACUUGAGGGUUUGCCUUUGGAGGGAUUCGAUUACGAGUCUAUUUUGGGUCAAUGCUGCGAGAUGCCAGUUGGGUAUAUCACCAUUCCUGUUGGGAUCGCUGGGCCUCUUAUGCUUGAUGGAAGAGAGUUUUCUGUUCCCAUGGCUACAACUGAAGGUUGCUUGGUGGCUAGUACCAACCGUGGUUGCAAAGCUAUCAACUUGUCUGGUGGAGCUUCCAGUGUGCUAUUAAAGGAUGGAAUGACCAGAGCACCAGUUGUCAGAUUCAAUUCUGCUAAACGAGCGGCGGAGUUGAAGUUCUUCAUGGAAGACCCUGCUAACUACGAAACUAUAUCCAUGGUUUUCAACAAGUCAAGCAGAUUUGGUCGACUUCAGACAGUUAAAUGUGCUGUUGCAGGGAAGAACCUCUACAUGAGGUUCUGCUGCAGCACCGGUGAUGCUAUGGGGAUGAACAUGGUCUCUAAAGGUGUUCAGAAUGUCCUCGACUUCCUCCUGAAUGACUUUCCUGACAUGGAUGUCAUUGGCAUUUCCGGUAACUACUGCUCUGACAAAAAGCCUGCUGCUGUGAACUGGAUCGAAGGCCGUGGCAAGUCUGUAGUUUGUGAGGCUGUGAUCAAGGGAGAGAUAGUGACUAAGGUGUUGAAAACUAAUGUGGCCGCAUUAGUGGAGCUUAACAUGCUCAAGAACCUAACUGGUUCUGCAGUUGCUGGUGCUCUUGGUGGUUUCAAUGCACAUGCCAGCAACAUUGUUUCCGCAGUCUACCUCGCUACUGGUCAAGACCCUGCUCAGAACAUUGAAAGUUCUCAUUGCAUCACCAUGAUGGAAGCCAUAAAUGACGGAAAGGAUCUUCACAUCUCAGUGACCAUGCCUUCAAUUGAGGUCGGCACCGUAGGGGGAGGAACUCAACUUGCAUCUCAGUCUGCUUGUUUGAACUUGCUUGGAGUGAAGGGAGCUAACAGAGAAGCGCCGGGAUCAAACGCAAGGCAAUUGGCUAGUGUUGUAGCUGGCUCUGUUCUUGCUGGAGAGCUAUCUCUUAUGUCUGCUAUUGCAGCUGGACAGCUAGUCAAGAGCCACAUGAAGUACAAUAGAUCUAACAAAGAUGUCACAGCAGUUUCUUCUGCUUAAGAGAGAUUGCAACCCUUUGAUCUCGAAAUUUUUUGUAUAUUGAUCACUUUGUAAAUUUCUUCAGAAAUAUAAUCUUCUUAUUCUGCACAGUA